AGCAGCAGGAGAGAGAGAGAGAGAGAGAGAGGAAAACCAUGGCGAGAAGUCGAAGAACAAGGAAGACUACAAAAAAAGUGCUUGUAAUUGAAGUCACAAGUUGUCAUGCGUACUUAUGAUAGAAGGGAAGUGCCCUUCUACACUGUUGCUGUGUGUGUCCCAUAAGACUCUACACUAGAACUGCUGCUGUUUGCGCAUUAAACUGGAACUAAACAGUUAGUAAAGGAUACUUAUAGUUGCGCGACUUUGGUGCAAAUGGAUUUAUCGUUAAUGCAUCUGUUUGGGACUCUUUCCUAGUUCAAAUGAGGCCACAGCACAACAUUACCAAGUUUAAAAUGUAUUGUUGCUACUAGGACGAGUUAAGUAAAGAAAGAAAACACACAAUGGCAGACAGAAGGACUUUCAACGUAGUGAUCCUGGGUGUGGGAUUUUUGUUCAUUUUUACAGCCUUCACUACCUGUGGAAACGUUGAACAAACUGUAGUGAAAAGCCUGCAGAAUGAGAGUUUCACUGGGAGUGGGUACCACAGUCUUGGAAUCAUCUAUGGGGUCUUUUCCUUCUCCAAUUUACUCGCACCAACAGUGGUUGCAGUAAUUGGACCGAAGAUAACCAUGUUUCUGAGUGGCCUACUUUACAGUGGGUACAUUGCUGUGUUCAUCAUCCCUUCAACAUGGUCCUUUUACCUGACCUCUGUGCUGAUCGGCAUGGGAGCAGCCAUGCUCUGGACGGCUCAAGGACACUUUCUGGUGGAGAACUCAGACGCUUCCACCAUCAACAGGAACACAGGGAUGUUCUGGGCUCUCCUACAGUGCAGCAUGCUGUUUGGCAAUCUCUACAUUUACUUUGACUGGAAUGGAAGAACAGAGAUAUCAGACAGCAGCAGGAAAAACAUUUUUCUGUCCCUGUUGGUCGCCUCCAUACUCGGCACACUCAGCUUCCUGGUGUUGAGAAAGAGCCAUCAGGACGAGGAGAUGCUCUCUGAAGAGGAAGGGCAGUCGCUGCUCUCAACACGCGUGAUGUAUAAAGACAGAGCGAACACUGCUGUGCAGGAUGCCAAGUUGGAAUUCAAAACCAUCCUGCAACUCCUGAAGAGUAAAACUAUACUGCUCCUGAGUCCCUGCAUGGCGUACAGCGGCCUGGAGCUAUCUUUCUACAGCGGAGUGUAUGGGACGUGUAUCGGGGCGACUACACAGUUCGGGGUGGCAGCUAAAGGCUUGAUUGGGAUCUCUGGGAUUGUGGUAGGCUUCGGAGAGAUUGUGGGUGGAGGCUUGUUUGGAUUGCUGUGUAAGAACAAUCGCUUCAGACGGACCUCCGUGGUGUUUCUGGGAAUGGUUGUCCAUUUCGUCGCUAUCUAUUUGAUUUUCCUCAACAUCCCAGAUGAUGCCCCCAUCGUCUUUAAUACCACCACCCAGAGUAAACCAUAUCUAGCGCCGAGCGUAUCCAUCGCCCUGCUGUGCAGCUUCUUGCUCGGACUGGGGGACAGUUGUUUCAACACGCAGCUCUACAGCAUAUUAGGCUGUGUUUAUGCUGAACACAGCACGCCCGCCUUUGCCAUCUUCAAAUUCAUCCAGUCUGUUUUUGCAGCGGUGGCGUUCUUCUACAGCGGCUACCUGGUGUUGAAGUGGCAGCUGCUGCUGAUGGUCAUCCUGGGCUUCACUGGGACGCUCUGCUUCUUCGUGGUGGAGAGGACGCAGAACGUCUCUGUCGAUCUGCAGGAAUAUUAAAAAGACAUUAAUUUCAGUUUUAUAGGAUGAAGUUUGAGCAUCAGAACAAAACCCCAAUUCUUUAUCUUUUAUCUCAUGAGGGGUUAAUCUCUUUUAUUAUAAUGCACUGUAGGUCAUAUAUAUUUUGGAUAUCAUUCACACUCAAAAAAGCUGAAACUGUUGCCUUAAGUAAACAUCUGAAAAGCAUAACACGUUAUCGAUCAGUCUGGAUUGUACUUUGCACCGUCUGUUCUAAUAACCCGACACUACACAGUAUCAUCACUAACCAUUAACAUUAUUUCUCUCCUGCACCGCUGCACGGUUUGUCUUACUGUAGCAUUGCAAAAAUAACCACUUAUACUUAUUUGCAUUGCUUUCAGCUCAGGUUUGUUAUUAAAGGCAGUGUCAUAUUGUUGAAAAUAUGUUAUGCAUCUAAAACUGUUAGAGCUGUUCAUAGUUAGUCAGCUUAAUUGACAGUUUGAUAAAAAAUAGAUGAGAAUAUAAUGAAAUAUUGUUCCUGUCAUGUUUCAGAGUAUAUGCUAACUAAUUAAUGCCUGACAAUCAUUGUUCUUAACUCCGUUUUUGUAAAUUGUUCAUAUUGUCGGUGUUUGCAUUAUGAUGAAUAAAGUUUUUAAGUGAUUUAAUCGAAAAUGGCGAGCUUAAAGAUUUACUGUGUUAUGUAGUGUUUUGUAAUAAACACAUGACGUAGAUGUAAAACACAGUCAAGGCCACUGAAACACUGACAUAAAAGGUUCGAUCUAUACAUAAACAUUAAUGCAGAGGAAUAUUACUGAGGUCACGCUUAUUGAUUAAGAUGCUUAUAACCUGUAAAUCAGACAAAUUGAGGGCCCACACUUGAACUUUAUGCUCCUUGACUGAACUGAGUUACAGAACGGAUUAAAUGUUCCUUUAGAAGGAACUGUUCUUUUUUUUGUUACACCUUUCAGAUCCAAGUGCUGGGGGGGGGGGGUUUACUCACCAUAACAGUGUACAUCCAGUUUAUUGUACCACAAAACAAGAUAAAUCUACUGGUUUUAAUCCUGAUUUGCCAGAUUUAUUUGAAAAUCCAUGAGGCCAUUAAUCAAAAGAGGAGCAGGAGGAGAGAGAGAAAGAGGGUUAUAGGCCCAGAGGUCCCACAUUACUUCACUGGUAAUUGAGUAUUGAUUGCAUUAUAAUGAGAGUAAGCAGUUUUGUGUGAUCUUAAGUCAAUUGUGCCACAUACUUGACAACAACAAAGCGCUGAUGGGCUAAGUGAAGUACACAGCGUUUACUCACAGAAUUAAAGAGGCAGGGUUCAUAUUAUUGGUUUAGAUAAUCUCGUAUAAGGAAAGUAACCAGGUUUGGAUGAGUCUAUUACCUGAACACUGGCAAUGUUUAAUGCAUCAGCUAUUAUUUAUUCCACAAUGACUCUCAAAUGAAAAUCACGACAUAAAUAAAGACUAAAAACUUC